AUGCCCCGCGUACGGCGUGAAGGUACACUUCCAGAUCCAGAUAAAGCAAAGUAUCCUCCUUCCACAAACAUCCAACCUUCGCCAACCUUCAGCCCUAUUACACAUCAAGAAGAUCUCGGCCCAGCCCAUUCCCAAAGUGGUCAUACAGAUUAUCAACGCAGAAUUGCGUCAACACAGUUCCCAGAUCAGGGCAAGAAACGGCUCAUCUUUAUUGUUUCUUUUAUCAUCUUGACGCUGGCUGCCCUAACUUCCAAGUUCUGGCCUCGUCUCUCUCUUCUCUCUCAUCACCUUAACUACCCCUUCCCCUCCUCCAAAUUCUCCCUCUCCACCACCACAACCACACACACAACCACAAUCAAAAUGUCAACCUACAGCAAAGAACUUGAGGUCGCCGAGCUCGCAGUUCAGCGAGCCGCCAUUCUCACCAAAAAAGUCUUCAAUGAAAAGGCAAAAGGCACCAUCUCCAAAGACGAUAGUUCCCCCGUGACCAUUGGAGAUUUUGGCGCCCAAGCCCUCAUCAUCCAAGCCAUCAAGAAGAACUUUCCCGAUGACGGAGUCGUCGGUGAGGAGGAAGCAAGCACCCUGAGAGAAGACACCAAACUCCGUGACACCAUCUGGUCUUUAGUCAAGGAUGUCAAGUUGACCAAUGAGACUGCCGAGAAGGUUCUGGGCGGUCCAAUUGAGAGUGUUGACGCCAUGUUGGAAGCCAUCGAUGCUGGGAACAGUAAGGGAGGAAACAAGGGAAGAAUCUGGGCUCUGGAUCCUAUUGAUGGAACCAAGGGUUUCUUGAGAGGUGGUCAAUAUGCUGUCUGCUUGGCAUUGAUGGUAGAUGGAGAUGUCAAGGUCGGAGUUCUGGGAUGUCCAAAUCUUCCUGUCGAUGAUGCAGCACCACUUACUGCUGAUUCGGGAGUUGAUCAGACAGAUUCCGAAGGAAAGGGCGUUUUGUUCUCUGCAAUUCUCGGACAAGGAGCCAUCAGUCGUCCAUUAACCGAUGGCGCCGUCGCUUCAAGCAAACCUAUCAGCAUGAAACCAGUUACUGACCUCAAGGAAACCAUCUUCUGUGAGAGUGUCGAAGCAGGCCAUUCCUCCCACGGAGACCAAGCUGCAAUUGCUGCCAAACUCGGUAUCACCAAGCCAAGCGUGAGAAUGGAUUCCCAGGCCAAGUACGGUUCCGUUGCUCGAGGUGCAGGAGACAUCUAUCUCAGAUUACCAACCUGCGCAACCUACCAGGAGAAGAUCUGGGAUCACGCAGCUGGAGAUCUCAUCGUCAGAGAGGCGGGUGGACAAGUGACAGAUACCCUCGGAAGAAGACUCGAUUUCGGUCAGGGCCGAACCCUUGCUGAGAAUAAAGGCGUGGUAGCUGCUCCUGCUGCAGUCCACGGUUCGGUUCUUGAUGUUGUCAAGGAGGUUCUUUCCAAAAAGUAG